AAAAAAAACAAAUGAGGAGUAGUAAAAACUAAAAACUGCCUCCCCAAACCGACCAAAUCCUUGCCUCUUUUUUCUUUUUUUUAUCUUCUUCUCUCUUCUCCACCAAUUCCUUUGAUUUUGCCAUUUGUUUCUCUCUUCUCCCCAUUCAUCUUCCACCAACCACUUCACCUUCUUCACUCACCGCCCCUCCUCCUCCUCCUCUAUAUAUACCCCUCCACAUAUUCGGUGUUUCCUCAUUUUCAAAUCAUCUUCAACUCAACUACAUACAUAAUAUCAUCUACUCUUUGGUUCUUCUUCAUUUCUGCGCUCUUCUUUUUUUUUUUUGUAAACCUCACUUACCUUAUUCAUACAUACCUUCACUCCAUACCUUCCAAAUACUCAAACCUAUUCAUCAUCCUCCUCAAAAAAAAGGGAAGGAAAAAACCAAGAAAACGAAGCUACCUCUCUGCUGCUAAUAUAAUCCAAUCCAAACCCCCCAAUUCUUUUUGUCGUCCUCCCACUCUUUUGUUCUUUUUCUUUCUUCCAACUCUUCUCCUCUUGCUUAGCUCCGCUUCUUUCUUCUUUCGGUUUCGGACACUACUAACAGUGAACUUUAACAAUAAAUCAUGGCACCCAGAAACAAUCCCAAAGCCCAAUCAACCUUAAAUGCCUUGGACCCUCCUGCUUCCGGUCAAGAUAACUUUUUUCGCCUGCUGGAUGGUAAACUCUUUGUGAAAAAUGUCCCCUUGCUCUCCCAUGUUCCUGGAAACGUCACUUUCACCGACUUCUUGAAAAUCUUUGAUUCUGAUGAUGAUGCUGAUCAUGUUGAAAUCCCUCUUCCCCUGGUCCAGCGAGCCCGCUCCACAUCCAACAAAGGCGGGUUCUUGGGGUUCACUCAGGACAAAGAAUCCGACAGGCUGUUCAACUCAUUGGGCAAGUUCACCGACAGGGAUUUCGUCAGCGUUUUCAGGUUCAAGACUUGGUGGUCCACCCAAUGGAUAGGGAAUUCGGGUUCCGACUUGCAGAUGGAAACUCAAUGGGUGAUGCUCAAUCUCCCUGAGAUGAACUCCUUCGUCCUGAUUGUACCCCUGAUUGAAGGCAAAUUCAGGUCCACGCUGUUUCCAGGGACGGAACCAGGUCAGGUGACCAUCGGGGUGGAGAGCGGCUCCAGUCGUGUCCGAGCAGCAUCAUUUAGCACCAUUGCUUACGUCCAUGUGUCCGACAAUCCUUACAACCUGAUGAAGGAGGCCUACUGCGCCAUCAGGGUUCACCUCAACACCUUCAGGCUCCUGGAAGAGAAAUCGGUUCCUCCCAUUGUUGACAAGUUUGGGUGGUGCACCUGGGAUGCUUUUUACCUGAGUGUGGACCCUCAGGGCGUGUGGUAUGGUGUGAAGGAAUUCUCCGAUGGGGGACUCACCCCGAGUUUUAUCAUCAUUGAUGAUGGAUGGCAGAGUAUCAAUCUCGAUGGUCAGAACCCUGGCGAGGAUGCUAAGAAUCUUGUUCUUGGAGGAUCCCAGAUGACUGCCAGGCUUCAUAGGCUCGAUGAAGGCGAGAAGUUUCGGAAAUAUCGCCCUGGAUUGUUUUCCAGCCCAACUGGUGGUACCCAGUUCGACCCCAAGAAGCCAAAAAUUGUGAUUUCAAAGGCCAUAGAAAUUGAGCAAGCAGAGAAGGCCCGGGAUAAGGCUGCCAGCUCCGGGGCCACUGAUUUAUCAGAGUAUGAAUCUAGGAUACAGAAAAUGAAACAGGAGCUGGAUCAACUGAUAGGCGACGGAGGAGAAAAACGCGACAACAAAACAGACCAUGAUUCCCAGGAUUUCGGCAUGAAAGCUUUCACCAGAGAUCUUAGGACGAGAUUUAAAGGAUUAGAUGAUAUCUAUGUCUGGCACGCGCUGUGUGGUGCUUGGGGAGGCCUCAGACCUGGAACUACGCACCUGAAUUCUAGGCUGGUUCCCUGCAAGCCCUCUCCAGGCCUUGAUGGAACCAUGGAAGACUUAGCAGUGGUGAAGAUUGUCGAAGGUGGCAUUGGACUCGUUGAGCCGAAACAAGCCUAUGACUUUUAUGAUGCAAUGCAUUCCUACUUGUCAUCAUCUGGGAUUACAGGAGUCAAAGUGGAUGUUAUUCAUACACUGGAAUAUGUGGCUGAGGAAUAUGGAGGUAGGGUAGAGCUCGCAAAGGCUUACUAUGAUGGACUAUCAAGGUCACUAGUGAAGAACUUCAAUGGCACUGGUCUUAUAUCCAGUAUGCAACAAUGCAAUGACUUCUUCUUCCUCGGAACACGCCAGAUCUCCAUGGGAAGAGUUGGGGAUGAUUUCUGGUUCCAAGACCCUAAUGGGGAUCCGAAUGGUGUGUACUGGUUACAAGGGGUUCAUAUGAUCCAUUGUGCCUACAACAGCUUGUGGAUGGGGCAGAUGAUCCAACCUGAUUGGGACAUGUUCCAAUCUGAUCACGUCUGCGCGAAAUUCCACUCCGGAUCUAGGGCUAUCUGUGGUGGACCUGUUUAUGUGAGUGACUCCUUAGGUGGUCAUGAUUUUGAUCUUCUCAAAAAGCUGGUAUUCCGGGAUGGGACUAUACCCAAGUGCCAACAUAUGGCUCUUCCCACCAGAGAUUGCCUUUUCAAAAAUCCACUCUUUGAUGGGAAAACCAUACUCAAGAUAUGGAAUCUUAACAAGGUACAUACUUGUCCUAUUUGAUAUGAUACAAGACAUUUAGCUACAAUGUAGCUUACCUUCUUUGUAAUUGUGGCAGUAUGGCGGCGUGAUAGGUGCAUUUAACUGCCAAGGAGCUGGUUGGGACCCUAAAGAGCGCAGAAUCAGGGGUCAUUCAGAAUGCUACAAGGGAAUGUCUGGUUCAGUUCAUGUAACUCAAAUCGAAUGGGACCAAUGUAGUAACGGAGCAAGCACAACGGGAGUAGCAGAAGAAUACGCUGUUUACCUUGGUGAGGCGGACAAGUUGUUGUUGACCACCCCGGAUGCCAUCUCUGGUGUCAUCGAGAUGACAAUCCAGCCAUUGUCUUUCGAGAUUUGCACCUUCAUCCCAGUACAUAAGCUUGUGUCUUCAAAAUUUGCUCCAGUUGGGAUCACCAGCAUGUUGAACCCUGGAGGCACCAUACAGGGUGUUGAAUACAAGGAAUCCGGCGUGCAGAUUGAAGUUAAAGGCGAAGGGGCUUUUGUGGCUUACUCGAGUGUGGCGCCGAAAAGAUGCAGCUUGAAUGAUGCUGAGACCGGAUUCCAGUGGUCGGCCGAUGAUGGGAAAGUGGAGCUGUACCUGGUUUGGAAUGAACAGGCUCAUGGCAUUUCUCGCAUAAACUUUGAAUUUUGAGUACACUUUUCUCAUUAAACGAGGUUGGUUCGCCUGGAAAAUCAUAAUUGAAAUAGUUGAAUCAUUUCAAAUUUGUAUUCAUUUAUUGACAUGUGAGUGUAAUACAACAACAAUCUAAAACUAUUUCUGCUAUAUGUAACAAAUUUAACUCGCUUCCUCAAAGUAAGUAAAUAGAUUACGCAUUCACGAAUGUUAAAAUUAUGCGCUUUGGGAUAACAGUCAGUGUUAAAGCAACACAAAAUCAUAAAAUCGAUUCACUCACUUCUCAUCUAUAAAAACCUUUUAUACUCUGCAGCUGCUGUUCCAACCAUUCAGUUCCGAUUUUCUGUAUCCGGUCAAUCUCUUUUGUGGGUUCUAAUCAAUUCUUAACCCAAAACUUCUUGUGUUUAUAGGUUUGGUUUUCUGCCUGAAUUUACUUCUCCGAG